AUGCCCAGCCGGGACACCGUGGAAGCGUUCGAGAAACGACAACCCUAUAAAUACCCGCAGUUCGCCUACUUCAAAGUGAGUCUGUCUUUCCACCCCUCCAUCUCAGGUGAGUGUCUUUCCACCCCUCCAUCUCAGGUGAGUCUGUCUUUCUACCCCUCCAUCUCAGACACACACACACACACGUUGGAGAGGAAAGUGAGGUGUAAGGCAGAACGGACUCCUGUGGUUGGAGGAUUCAUCGUGGAGAAGUUUGUAGCGUCCAUGUACCACUACCUACAGUUCACCCACUACAAACUGAAUGACCUGAGGAACGCAGUGCCGUGUGUAGCCAGCUGCAUGUUGUUUGACCCCAGUGACGAGGUGAUGAAGAACAACGUGGUUUAUAACCAGUACCACAGAGACAAGUACGAACUCGGUGACGAAGACUUCCUACCUAGAUCGGAUGCGGUACGGUUCUUCAACCAGACCACCAUGCAGCUACAGAUGCUGGAGUUCUCCAGACAACGCCUAGCGAGUGAUGAGCACGACAUCUGUCCACAAGAGUGUCUUGGAUCUUAG